AUGGAGGAAGUCGACAAUGAUGUUGCCAUGGAAGGCGACAAUCAAGAAGACGCCACCAACUACGUCUUUGAAGACUAUGGGGAUCCUGCUGCAGGUUUCCAGGACAGCACACCGUCAGAUGAGCCUGACGUUGGAGUUGAAACGGACACGCCGCUGGACUCAAGAGACCUGGAGCUCAUAGGUCGCGAACGGCGGCAACUACCAACAGGCUGCUGUUACGAUGACAGGAUGAAGCUACAUGCAAAUGCUGACUUCGGCCCUAAACCGCACCAUCCGGAGGACCCCGGGCGCAUCGAAGCGAUCAUGAUGAAGUUCAAGAAGGCAGGCUUGAUCUUCAUGGGGAGUGAUUCUGAGUACGUCCAAGUACUGCGGACAAAUCCUACAAAGUACAUGUGGAGGAUUCCAGCUCGAGAGGCUACGGAAUCAGAAAUCUGCAAUGUCCACCUGCCACAGCAUUAUUCAUGGGUUCGAGCUCUGUCCAAGAAGUCCACGGAAGAACUGCGACAGAUUACGAAAUUGAUGGAUCUCGGGAGGGAGUCUAUUUAUGUCGGCAGCAUGACUUUCGAGGCCUCCCUCUUUUCUGCCGGUGGCGCCAUCGAGACAUGCAAGAGUGUGGUUGCUGGCAACGUCAAAAAUGCUUUCGCAAUCAUUCGCCCACCUGGACACCAUGCAGAAUACGACAUGCCCAUGGGAUUCUGUAUGUUCAACAACGUGCCCAUCGCAGCGCGGUGCUGCCAGAUUGAGUACCCAGAUAUCUGCCGCAAGAUACUGAUCCUCGACUGGGAUGUCCACCACGGCAACGGCAUUCAAAACAUCUUCUACGACAACCCGAAUAUACUGUACAUAUCUCUCCACGUCUAUCAGAACGGCGCUUUCUACCCCGGAGCACCUGAAAAUGAUAAUAUUGCUGAUGGCGGGCUGGACAAGUGUGGCGCGGAUGCGGGUGUAGGGAAGAACGUCAACAUCGGCUGGCACGAUCAAGGUAUGGGUGACGGCGAGUACUUGGCGGCUUUCCAGAAGAUCGUGAUGCCAAUUGCACAGGAGUUUGACCCCGACUUGGUCAUCAUUUCCGCCGGCUUUGAUGCCGCAGACGGUGACGAGCUAGGCGGAUGCUUCGUCACGCCGCAAUGCUACGCCCACAUGACACACAUGCUUAUGUCUCUCGCGGGCGGGAAACUGGCUGUCUGCCUCGAGGGAGGAUACAACCUGCGCGCCAUCUCUGACUCUGCUCUGGCAGUGGCAAGAACCCUGAUGGGCGAGCCGCCGCCAAGGAUUAAUCUUCCCAAGAUCAGCAAGGAGGCCGCAAAGGUCUUGUCAUACGUCCAGGCAUACCAGGCACCAUACUGGGAAUGCAUGCGUCGCAGCAUCAUCAGCGUCCCCGAAAUCGUGCAAAAUGAUGGGAAGAGGCUGAACGAAGUCCUCCGGGGUUACCAACGCCAGAACUUCUCGCAAAACCAUGGCAUGUGCCCGCUAUAUAUCCAACGGGACGCGCUGUUCAGAACAUAUGAGAACCAAGUGUUGGUGACGCCGGACAUCGACAUGGCGAGACACAUUCUCGUCAUCAUACACGAUCCGCCUGAGAUCUUGGCGCAACCAGACCCCUUGAAGAAAACCUUGGAGCCUGGCAACGCUUGGGUGGUUGACGGCGUCACGCAAUAUGUCGACUGGGCCGUAUCAAAGAAGUUCGGCAUCAUGGACAUCAACGUGCCUCGAAACCCUACAGGCAACAUGCCUUAUACCCCCGAUGUAGAGGAGAAGCAGCUCGAGGCUGAGAUCAAGGAGCUGAUUUGCUAUCUCUGGGAUAAUUACAUACAGCUGUACGAGAAUGCUGACGAAGUCUUCAUCAUGGGGGUGGGCUAUGCUUAUCUCGGAGUUAAGAUGCUCCUCUUAAAUAGAGACUGCAAGAUGAAGCUCUCGGGCGUCGUCAAUUUUGUCACCGGUUCCCUACGACCCAUUCGAUCUGACACAGACGAGCGCCUGUCAGCGUGGUACAAGGAGAACUCGAGGGUGUACGUUUCAAAGGAACACUCGUGCUGGACAGACCCCAAGCUGCAGGGCAAGGUCAGGAAGAAACGCUUCGGCACGGUACUCCACAGCCCGGCAGUCUCACUCAACGCUAUGAUGAAGGAGCACGCGAAGGAGGUACAGGAUUGGAUCGCGGCCCGGAGCUUUGAGAUGCCGCGACUAGGAACUGGAGGGGACAGUACGGAGGAUGAGGUUAACAAGUUGACUUAG